CAUACAGCCCACGAGGACCAGGAGAGAUUCUCUUUGGCCGCCAGGAGACAGCUCAGGUGUGAGGCAGUGAGGUUUAUACAGGCAGGUAUGGGAGCUGCCUCGGCGUGGAAGACCAAAGUCCCCACCAGGAGCCAGCAUUUCUUGUGACAGUCGCAGGCAUUGCUUCCAAGGUCCUUGCCAGGGACAGAUCCAGUUCCAAGAUCCAUUGUUCUCAGCGAACCUCAGAGAGCUGCCAGCCCACCAGAGGAUAUUUUCCUGCACAAUCUGAAGGCACUGCACCCACCUCGAAAUCUUCAGAAAGCCAAUGUUGUAAAUUCACUGAAUUUUAUUAAGUCUUGACCCACGAACUAUGUCUGAGAUGGAGCCGACACCUAAAGGACGGACGGAAAAAAGUUUCAGCUACGUAGUCAGAGCCCCCAGCAGUGAUGGGUUUGAUGUCAUGAACGUUGACGUGAAGAUUGACACGUCCUGGAUCUUCCAGGACGUGGAGGAUAGUGGAGAGGAGCAGGGAUGUCUUCCAGAAGAAGCGGCCAGGAGCCCAGACGUGGAUACGGGGACGCUCAGGAAGCAGCUGGAAUCCUCGGAGCAGAAGCUGUUGGCAGCUGUGGACAAAUACGUGACGUCAGAGUCCGGGCUCAGGAGCAGAAUCCAGGAGCUGGAGCUGUCCGAGAGGAAGCUCCUCCGGAAGGUGGACCAGCUGAGCGCCCGCAUGUUCCAGGAAAGGAGUGCCUAUCUCCGGGCCCAGGAGGAGCUGGAAGUGCUGCAGGGGGAGCUCGCCAACCAGGUUCUGGAGAAGGAGCGCGCGGCCCAGCGGCAGCGGGGGCGGCUGCAGCGGCUGCGGGAGCGGCUGCGACACAAAGACGAGGCGCUGGGGCGGCAGGCGGAGGCCCUGGAGCGCUGCCAGCGGACCCAGCGGCGCCAGCUGUGCCUGGUGCGCGAGCAGGAGCGCGUCCUGCGGGCACAGGUGCAGAGGCUGGAGCGGGACGUGAGGCGCCUGUGUCGCGCCGCGGGCCUCCUGCUGGCGGAACUGGACGCCCCGGCCCUGCGCAGCCCCAGACGGCAGGCCCUGGCCGGUGCCGGAGAUGCCCCCGAGGAGGCCGCGGAACUGCGUGCCCUGCAGGCGAGGGCCGAGCGCGGUGAGCGCGAGCGGGACGAGGCGGCGCGCCGGCUGCAGGAGCAGCGCGCCACCGAGCGCCGGCUCCGUGGGCAGCUGGAGGAGCUGCGUUGCUGCCUCUAUGAGCUGAAGCUGUCGGAGAUCGGCCUGCAGGGCCAGGUGGAGGACCUCGCUGAACAAAACAGGAGCCUGCGAGAGAAACUGGGAGCCCAGGCCCCCCAGGACACAGCAAACAGCACAGCCCCUGCUGGUCACUGUAGCCUGGACGCCCCGGGUUGUGUUCGGGAUGAAUGGCUGCUGUUGCCCAGGGAGGAGGCGCUGGGCACCUGCAGAAGCCACGGCCGGCACACCUCCCUCAGCUCCGACGGUGCCCCAGGACCAAGGGCCUCAGCAGGUGUGCGGGAGCCCGACCAGUCCUCUGAGGGGCCUUGCGUCUGGGGUAGCAUCGGGGCUGGAAGAGGAGGCCCCUCUGUUUUGGUGCCAGGGCUGGAGACCACAGCUGAACUCCUGGGAGACCUGGCGGGAUCUGCCCAUGAACAGCUUCCUCUGGCUGAGCCCAGCUUGCAUGACCAGAGUCUCCUCCUCAUCUGUGGCUGCCCCCCCGGGCCAUGCGUGGACGACUCAUUCCUCCCCAUGGAGCUGGCCUGGAUGGUGGAGCAAAGGCUAGCAGCCACCCCGGCCCAGGAGUCCUUCCUGCUAGUGCAGACGUCCACACUCCCUCCCUGGGGGCCGGCCAGGGACCCCGCUCUCCUGCUGCUCCAGGAAGCUUCCCCAGAAGAACUCCAAACCCAACCAGUGCUGGACGCCAGGCCCUCGCCUGCUCCCAGAGCCGUAGGACAGACCUGCCGGGAUCAUCACCGGGCAAGGAGCGUCAAUGCCUCCCUCUGCCAGGAGUCCCCACUGAUUUCAAAUCACCACUUUCCCAAGAGAGGGCCCAGUGGCCGAAACGACCCUUGGAAGGCGGGAGGAGGCGUCCCAGCGUGGAUAUCCGAGGAGUGCGGGUCGAGGAGGACUUGGGGCAGAGAGGAGGAAGACCUCGGUGACAAGUUCCAGCUACAUCAGGAAAACGGGGACCUGAGCUUGGGCGAUGGUGUUGGCACCCAAGAAGACAUGCAGAAUGAGCGUGGGGCUUCAGACACCCAGGCCGCUGCCUCCCGCCCUAGGCCCAGGCAGGAGCUUCCCCUGCCUUUUCUGCAGGGGGAGGCCUCUGUGUCAACAGAGGGUCCCGAAUUCCUGAGCAGGAGGGAGCGGGCAGAAGGGCACAUCUGGGUCCUCCUGGGGGGGCUUUCAACAUCAGAAGAGGAACGGAUCCCCCCAGCCACCUUCCUCGGGGCUCACGGCGCCAGAGGGCUGCCUCCAGCCGGCGCUCAGCUCCUUACAGAGAUGGGCAGAGCCAUCAGGACAGUUCAGGACACGGAGGAAAACGACGUGUGGUCUGGAAACCCUCUGCUUCUACACGAGGAAAGCCCUGGGGAUGAAGGGCAAGGAGAGCAGGAGGCGAAGACACUGCAUCUAGAAGGGUCCAGACCAGAGGAACCUGGCCCCGAGGAAAGCGAGGCCAAGGAAACGCUUUCCCUAGUGGAAGAGAGAGGUUUGCCGUCGUCCUUCAGAGUGGCCUUCUCGCCCAACGGGGCGGAACCCACCAGUCCUCCAUGGGCUCCACACAAAGGACACGACGGGUCUGCGUUCACAAUAGACGCAUUUGAAAAGGAGAUGGAGGCUUGUUUCCAGCAACUCUCCAUCCUGAAGCUUGGGAGUGGGCUUUGUGGACAGGAAGCUUCCACGUUGGUGGGAGAGAACUGGAGCUUUGCUCGGAGAUGGCACAGCUGCCAGGAGCACGCUCAACUUCGGCAGGUUCUGGCAAACCAGGGCUUGGACACUUGUCCUGCCAAGGAAGCAGACCCCAAGGACAGUCGUGAAGAAGUUAAGCUGGGAGAGGCCGAGGCCCUGGGAGCCGACGAAGUCCUUCCUUGGAUGGUUCCUGACCUGGAGGCCCUGAGCCCGGGCGCCGAGGGGUCCUCCAAGCGAGGCCAGCUCUCUCAGCCGUCCACAGCCUUCGAGGGAGCCAGGAGAAGGUUUCAUCAGCUCAUUUCUGGACUGAAAAAGGAGAGAAGCAAAGUUUUGCAUGCCAACGCCAAACUUCAGCGAGACCAAGAGAAAUGCCAUAAAAAAAUACGUGCCCUCGAAAAAGAGAGGGAGAGAAAUGUGAGCAAAAUAUCUGCAUUGGAGAAGGAUAACGGCGUGCUGUCAGGAGACAUCUCUCACUUAAAGAGGGAACUGGACUUAUACUUGCAGGUCGUCUCUGACCUUGAAGACUGCAAUGGGAAAAGUUACCACAAAAUUUCUGAGCUCGAAGAGGAAAAUGAAAAACUGAAAGGGCGCGUGGGCCAGCUCCAGAAAGCCAUGUCUGAGAACUCUAGAAAAUCCAAGGUCGUGAUGGAGGACGUCACCCGGGAAAACUGGGAGCUCAAGGCGCUGAUUUCAGAGCUCGGGGUCAGUUACAAAGAGCUGAUCAAGGACAUUGCAAUGGGAAUAGAAGACAUGAUCCGGGCCCUCAGGGGGGAGAACGAGCAUCUUCUUCACAGAAUCCGAGUCCUGGAGAUGGAAGUCGUGCUGGGGAUGAGCAGGGAGGCGGGACGUUUGGGGAGAGCAGAGGAGCGUCUCCAGGGCAGCAGCACGGCGGCAGGGGACAAGGCGGACAGUGUGGAAAGGGGGGAGCAGGUGACUCCGCUUUCAGAGCCGCUGACUACAGGAAGCCACUGGCCACCCUUGAAGGAGGACAUGGGUCUGGCUGGAGGGCAGAUGGGACCUUCCCUAGGCAUGAAGAAUUCUGGAAGUGGUGCUGAUUCUAUGGCUUCAUCCUUGGUUGGGAGAAGUGGUGACGCAUCCAGUGCUCUGCAAGGAAACAUGGAUGGAGGGCAAGUAAAAGCAGCACUUUUGGAAAAAGAGGAGAGGAGACCGUGGUGUCCUGCAGACCCCGGGUCAGCUCUGAGGUCCCUGAGCAAUGGCCCCCAGCUCCGGGACCCGGAGGCCCAGACGUCCGAGGAGGACCUCAGGCUGCGUGUCAGGCAGCUCGGUCACCAGGUGCUGACCCUGCAGUGCCAGCUCAGGGACCAGGGGUCCGCAUACCGGGAGCUGCAGGCAGCUCGAGAUGAGGCCCUCUGCCUCCAGAACCAGCUCAAGGGCAAGCUUGACGAACUUCAGAAAAAGCAACAUGAAGCGAAUUUGGCUGUGACUCCUUUGAAGGCCAAGCUGGCUUCUCUGGUCCAGAAGUGCCGGGAGAGGAACCACCUGAUCACACACCUGCUACAGGAGCUGCACAGACACGGGGAGGCCAGUGACCUGCUCUCUGAGAUGGUGCACGGCAUGGUGAACGACGUGGCGCUGGCCGAGUACGCGGCCACCUUCUUGGCUCCCAGCAUCCCCGAGACAAGCCACCACCUGGACAGUGAGUCUGAGAAGACAGCAGUUCUAAGAGCUCAGAAACACCUCCUGUACCCUGAAAUGGACAGUACCCUCCAAAGUUCUUUGCCGUCUGAGUCCUGGCCCGUUCCUGAGGCUGAGUGGCCAACACAGACAGCUCGACUGGAUUCUCUGGAGCUUCCCCUGCCUUUGGGGCCAACGCCUGCUGCUGGAAUGUGCCCGGAUGCAGCUGCCAUGGAACCAGGACUCCCAGUGCAAUGUCUGCAAGAAAAAGGCAGAACAUCCUGUCCUGUCUGCCCCGCUGACGGCCUCCCACCACCUUCUGAGCUCCUGAGCCCUGCAAGGAUCCUGGCUUUCCACAACGAGCUUAGACAAAGCAUUUGCAGCAAUUCCCAGAAGCCUGAUGUGGGCAGACACCCCGCUGUUGGCCGGUACCCAGGCCUGCACUUCCAAGCAGAGCGGCACAGAGUGUGGGACAUGAACUCGGAGACCUGUUCACAUCCCAGCUCCACCACUCGCCAGCUGUGGGCCUGGAGCCAAGGCUCCCGAAGGCUUGCUUUCUGCCAUAAACAUGGAAAGAACCUUGUCAUAACCUCAUCCUACCUGACUGGAGCCUUGAGGGUGGGACAAGCGCCCGUCCCAUGGCACUUGCAGCCCAGGAAAGAAGACAGCACAGAGGCGAGCCCAUCCAGCUGGAACAUAUUUACAUCCCUCCCAAAGGAGCAACAGAACAGAGGUGGCCCCAUGAUUUGCGAUCCCUUCCAGGGAGCUGAGUUACCAGCCAAAUGACCAUCUUUCUAUUUUAAGUCAUUCAUGGGGACAUCUCUACGCUAACACCAACUGCGUGGCCCAAGAGAUGGCUGUAGACUGUCAGAAGUCUGUAUGUAUUGGCACGGGGUGGUGGAAGGAACCCGGGGCUGGAGUCCCAAGGCCCUGGCUGGCUCCGUCACUUCUCUGCUGUGGCACUUUGCACAAAUUACUUAUGUUCUUGAACUUCCACUUCUGCAUCUGUUUGAGGGUCCUAACGCCUACUUGACAGUUUUGCUCUGACAGCGAAAUGAGCUCAUGGCUGCAGAAGUGCCCCGAAUACUGUCAGAUGCUUCCCACGUGUCUGGGAUCGUUGUUGUUUGGAAAGUGUGAAUCCCUCUUCUCUCUUUCACGAUACCGACCGUCGCUCAGGAGCACACUCGACCAGAAGUACUCAUGACACGUACUGUACUCGUAGCUGCUACCCAGGAGGGGUAAUGUGAGGCAUGGCAGGAUAAUGGUUUUAAAAAUCUUAGCAGCCUUCUUGAUAUUAUAGAGCUCCUGUCUGCCCAUGGGACAGAGCUCAGAGAGUUUCUAGACCACAGCAGGUACACAGGUGGCCCUCGGGCCAGAUCAGGCUUACAAACAUGUUGUUGGGCUUACUUUUUUAAAAAACGUAAAAUAUGUGUAACGUCAAAUUUACCAUCUUAAUCAUUUUUAAAUGCCCAGGUCAGUGGCAUUAAGUAUAUUCACAUUUCUGUGCAACCAGCACCACCGUCCAUCUCCCUGGCUUCCUUCCAAGGCUCUUCUCUGUUGCUGGAUGUGAGUUGCUUCUGUAUCUGGGCCCUGCCUGUUCUUCUGCCAACCCUGGGUGGCGUGCUUCUCCUGGGCCCGCCAGGAGAAGAAAUGACCAUUGCUCUCCACUGGUACUUCUGCCUACUUGUGGUGCUUCUGUUACCACUGCCCUGUCCAGAGUCCUCGAGGGAGACCUCUGAGCCACUUUCGGGCCAGUGAGGCAUCCCUGGGGGAGGCCAGGUGUGGCCCUCGGCAGAACCCUGCAGCUUUACCUUCAGGCUUUGGAUGAAAUGUAAAUGUGAAUGGAAAAGCACUUUGUAAACUCUUACGUUCUGUAUAAAUAUACUGGAUUUGACUUUCAUAGGCUAGAGAGCUGAGAGACCAGCUGGUAUGGAGGAGAGAGAUUAGGGUCUAAACCAGAAUCACUGGGCUGAAGUUAGGCUGUGCGACUUCUUAGCUCAGGGACCAUGGGGAAGUCACUUCCUCCCCUCAGUUAAGUCGCCUGGUACAGGGGUAAUAAAAUACCUGCCUCAGCACUUGCUGUGAGCAUGACAGGUAAACUGAAUGGGAAAGCACUUUGCAGACUUCAGUGCUGUGCAUAUGCUUUAUCCAUGUCCCCGAUUCAGUGCGUAUCUAUUAUGCACCUACUGUGUGUCGUUCUGAACAAGGUGGUCUGUCUUAUGACACUUUGGAAAAGGACCUCAGGCUAAGGAAGAAAAGAAUUGCCUGUCAGAUGGUUGUACUGCGCACUCAUAGAUUAUGAUUAGCAGCAGCCAGCGAGUUGGCAUGGCAACAUUUCCCCACGAACUGCUAGGCAGUGUUCUUAAAAUAGGUUUGCCAGAGGUGUGGCAGGCUGCCUCACACAGGCAGUGCGGUCUGAUGCUUCUGCAGACCAAGGUGGGCAGCACCAACCCCGCGUGCCCACUCAGAGUGGUCAAGCCACUGGCCUUCCCAAGCAGGCCAGUGGCACGGUCAUUAAGACAACAGAUCCAGAAGCAUCCUUCUUUAAAGCUGGAGACUUUAUCUAGGAGAAACACCCCUGCCUUUCCCCAUUUUACAGGUGGGGAAACUGAAGCCCAGAGAGGUUAAGUGGCUCACGUACAGUCACACAGUCUCUUGAUGGCAGUUGGGACUGCAUCUGGUUCCGAUGUCAUUCUUGGAGGGUGCUCCCACCGAGCCACGAUGCACACUCUUCUGAUUUGGAAUUCUAGAUCUGGGUCUGAUGCAAUUCAUUUUCUAAUAGUUUACAAUCCACGUGGCAUCACUUAGCAACAGGAAUUAGAUCAGGGACUCCUCUCCAUGCCCCCAUUUCCCCCUGGGAAGCCCUGAGUCCCGAGCUAUCAUGGAGACUCCCCUUGUUCUUGGCAGGGCGGAGACGACUGCGGUUUCAGUCCAGCCCUCCACAGCCUGCCCUACCCUAGUUUCUCAGUGUGAAAUUCAGGCAGCCAAGCUGAUCAACAGCUUACCAGUUGCUUUGCGAUGAGACUCCUGGAUGAGUUCAGCUACCCAUUAUCGCAGAGGAGCGGGAACCCAAAUCCUUUGAAAGAUGAGUUCCUGUCUUACUGUCUGUGAUACUCAGCACUGUCGUGAAUAAACUUCACAAACUGCAGGGGGUGGUGCUUUUCACCUUCAGGCUGGUGUGCUUCUGCUAAGAGAUCACAGCUCUUGUUUAAUUCCAGGGUGAAAUUCCACGUCUGGAAUGCGAAACUUCUUGAGAACUCAGUCAACUUCUGAGAACAGGGUGCUAGACAUUUCUGACAUGGUUUAGAUAGUCAACCUUUUUUUUUCUCUAUUCAGACAGUGCCUUGCA